AGAAAAUUCCUCUCCUCUCUCUUCUCCUUCUCCAUCUCCAUCUUUGCAGUGUCUGCUUCGUCGCCCGACACUUGUUUGUUUCUCUUCUACUCUCCUCUCAUUUCCCGUCUUUAGCAGUUCGCGUCUCACGCAACCUUCAAGAUGGCCAAGGGUGAAGUUAACCAGGCCGAUAAGACGGUCUUCGGCAUGCCUGGCUUCGUUGUCGACUUUUUGAUGGGUGGUGUUUCCGCCGCUGUCUCCAAGACUGCUGCCGCCCCCAUUGAGCGUGUCAAGCUUCUCAUCCAGAACCAGGAUGAGAUGAUCCGCGCUGGCCGUCUCGAGACUAAGUAUGCCGGUAUUAUGGACUGCUUCCGCCGUACCGCUGCUGCUGAGGGUGUCGUCUCUCUCUGGCGUGGUAACACCGCCAACGUUAUCCGUUACUUCCCUACCCAGGCCUUGAACUUCGCCUUCCGUGACACCUACAAGUCGAUGUUCGCCUUCAAGAAGGACCGUGAUGGAUACUGGUGGUGGAUGGCCGGUAACUUGGCCUCCGGUGGUGCUGCUGGUGCCACCUCUCUUCUCUUCGUCUACUCCCUGGACUACGCCCGUACCCGUCUUGCCAACGAUGCCAAGUCUGCCAAGGGUAGUGGUGAACGUCAGUUCAACGGUCUGGUUGACGUCUAUAAGAAGACCCUCGCCUCUGACGGUAUUGCCGGUCUCUACCGUGGUUUCUCUGUCUCCGUCGCUGGUAUCAUCGUCUACCGUGGUCUGUACUUCGGUAUGUACGACUCGCUCAAGCCUGUCGUCCUUGUCGGUCCUCUUGAGGGUAACUUCUUGGCCUCUUUCUUGCUUGGCUGGACUGUUACCACUGGUGCUGGUAUUGCUUCUUACCCUCUUGACACCAUCCGUCGUCGUAUGAUGAUGACCUCUGGUGAGGCCGUCAAGUACAAGUCCUCUUUCGACGCUGCCCGACAGAUCGCCGCCAAGGAGGGUGUCAAGUCCUUCUUCAAGGGUGCCGGUGCUAACAUCCUCCGUGGUGUUGCUGGUGCUGGUGUGCUGUCCAUCUAUGACCAGGUUCAGCUUAUCCUCUUCGGUAAGCAGUUCAAGGGUGGCUCUGGCUAAACAAUUCACCUGAGAGAUUGUGAACUUGUAUGAUGGAGAACGGGGGAAGAGGGGUUGAAAACGUGUUGCAGGUUAAUUUUAUUGGACAUUGACCGAGACACUAAUGGGGUGGUCUAUAGAUAAUAUGCAUCUGGAGAACGGAAGCAUAGAGUACUGGGAUUUUCUCUUUGUACCUGUUGUACUUUACUACUGCCUGCAAGCUUUAUUCUAUACUUUCGUCUUAUUUAUUCGAACU